AGAUUUUGAUUUUUUUUUUUUUUUUUUGCAGUCUUUUUUAAGUUUCUGUGGGUUCGUUGCCGUAUUGUUUCUCGUUGUGGUCUUAACUUUCACAAAAAUGUACAAAAAAUGUAUAUUUUACCUUUUAUCAUUUCUUGUUGUAAUGUCUAAUGGGCUUGGCCGUUUCAUCUCGAAGUCCCAAAAUCAAAUGCAUGUAAUUCAACGAUUGGACGAAAAAUACGCAAAUGACGAUAUGGUUCGGUAUAGAAAACCUGGAUUAACUUUUAAGUUGAAGAAAUUUGAUUGGUCAACUUGCUCAGGACCUGAUGCUUUAGCCAAGAUUAAUGAAUUUGACGUUUCAGAACCAUUGUCAAUACCUGGGAAUGUCACUAUCACAGUUGAUUCCAUUUUAAGUGGAGACAUUACAACCCCACUGAAAGUUAUUGUACGAGUUCAAAAGAAAGUCGGGUUCCUGUGGAUUGAAGUUCCCUGUGUGGACAAUAUUGGAUCAUGUGACUAUGAAGAUUUAUGUGCAGAAAUACCUUUUCCACCUGGUGUCCCAUGUCCUGAGCCAUUUCUAUCAUUGGGCUUGCCAUGCAACUGCCCAGUAUUACAGGGAAUUUUCUUUAUCCACUUGGUUUUCACGUCCUGGGGGCUGCAGUCAGAUUGGGCACCAACAUCUUACUUUUUUUACAAUCUUCUCUUCAUGAUGGUUCUCCUGUGGGGAGUGCAUCAACAAGAAUCUGAACAACCAAUUGUUAUGGCUUUCUACUUUGACAUCGUUUGUUUCGUUUUGGAUAUUGUCAAUGUCGGUGUUUUUUUCCCUUCAAGAUCAGGAUCAACUUCAAGACGCUUUAGUGCUGGAAUGGCUAUCGUGAAUAUGCUGUUGCGUCCUGUAACCGCUUUUUUCCUGUACAAGAUUCUGGGUGAAAGGAAUGCUCUCUAUGGUGGAUCUGUAUAUCGAGAAAGCCAUCUGGCAGAUAUAUUCAGUCAACCGAACAUUCGCCAAGGACGGUAUCAAGAUAUGGGUCAGGUUGCAGCCCCAUCACAAGAGAUUCGUCCAGCUGCUCCAUCUUCAGACAACUUAAACACCGUGCCGAAAGUCUGAUUGCUUCCAGAAUGAAAAUAUUCUUUAAAACAAGGGUUAACAGUAUUCUUCCGUCAUCUUCUCACGUAACACUUUUUCAGGAUACCCGUAAUUUAGUUCAUCUGUGCGUGUCAUUUCACAGUCUCUAGUCAUAACUGUAGCAGUUGCCCAUCCCAGUAUUACCACUCAUUUGAGUAUCCCGGGCCACAUCGCGUUUUCUCUUCCUUCAAGACUAUAGAUCAUCUUAUCAUGCAUCUAGAAUAUCAAAUUACGAUUAUCAAAUAACCUGACACUGUACGCUGUUUCUGUAUGGAAGAUCAAG